GCUAUAAAGGCUGCUCGGGCAUGCCCGCCCUGGCGAGGCUCCUGUAGCUCCAGCUCUCGUCGGCUCUCAGCGCUUGCGGGGCCUCUAUUCCUCCCGGCCCCAGAGCGCUCCCGACUCCACCAUGCCGAGAGGCUUCCUGGUGAAGCGAACUAAACGGACAGGCGGCUUCUACCGAGUACGCUUAGCCCAGCGAGUCUUCCCACAGAUGGGGCCCCUGGGGGCGCCGCGCUUUCCUGAGGAGGCCCCCAAUGCCUCCCUACCCGGUGCGGAACGGACGGCGUCGCCUGUCGAGGAGGAGCCAGGAAAGGCGCUGGUGGCGAAGGCCGUCUGGGCACUGUCGGGGUCACCCACUCGGGCGGCUGGGGUGAGCCCUGGACCGCGCAGGCGGGAAGGCGCCGAGUGGAGGGCGGACGGCGGCGAGGGCCCCGGCCCCAGCCCCAGCCCCGCGAAGCCGGCGGGCGCAGAGCUGCGCAGGGCGUUCUUGGAGCGCUGCCUCAGCUCACCCGUCUCCGCAGAGUCCUUCCCCGGGGGCGCCGCCGCAGUGGCCGCUUUUUCCUGCUCAGUGGCGCCGGCAGCCGCCCCUACCUCGGGGGAGCAGUUCGUGCUGCCGUUCCAGGCACCAUUCCCAGAGCCCACGCUCCAGCCGGAUCCCGCGCCCCUCUCAGCUGCUCUGAACGGCCUGAAGCGGGCAGCCGGCAGCGAGCGCCGCGCAAAGUUGCCUUCCGUCAGCGCGUCGGGACUCACGGCCGCUGCAGUCAAGAAGCCAAAGGCGAUGAGGAAGUUGAGCUUCGCGGACGAAGUGACCACGUCCCCUGUCCUGGGUCUGAAGAUCAAGGAGGAGGAGCCCGGAGCGCCGUCCCGGGGCCUAGGGAGCAGCCGCACGCCGCUUGGGGAGUUCAUCUGCCAGCUGUGCAAGGAGCAGUACGCGGAUCCCUUCGCGCUGGCGCAGCACCGCUGCUCCCGCAUCGUGCGCGUCGAGUACCGCUGCCCCGAGUGCGAUAAGGUCUUCAGCUGCCCUGCGAACCUCGCCUCCCAUCGUCGCUGGCACAAGCCGCGUCCUGCAGCGGCAAACACCGCCACAGCCUCCUCCACCGACGGGAAGCCGCCUCCUUCGUCGUCCUCGUCCACCUCGGACUCCGGGACCAUCUCGUCUUUCCUGACGGAGGGGAAGGAGAACAGCCGGGCCGAGCGGACUGUGGAUCAGCACCCACAGGCCAGGGACAGCUCCGGAGCAGAUCAGCACCGGGACAGCGCCCUGCACCCCAGCCUCCAGGUACUGCCGCACCUGGAGCCACCGCUGCCACAGGUCUCCUAUACGGAGGGGAUGCUGGGGCGCCGUGUGCCUGGACCCGGCAGUGCCAGCAGUAUCGGGGGAUCGGAGAUCUUCGUGUGUCCAUAUUGCCACAAAAAGUUCCGCCGCCAAGCGUAUCUGCGCAAGCACUUGGUCACUCACGAGGCGGGCUCUGCCCGCGCGCUCGCCCCGGGCUUUGGCUCCGAACGCGGCGCUCCACUCGCCUUCGCUUGCCCGCUGUGCGGGGCGCACUUCCCAUCGGCAGACAUCAGGGACAAGCACCGGCUGUGGCACGCUGUCCGCGAGGAGCUGCUUCUGCCCGCUCUGGCGGGGGCGCCCCCCGAGGCCCCCAGCCCAGGCGGGACAUCUGAAGAGGGUGCUCAGCAAAUUUUCUCGUGCAAGCACUGCCCGUCCACCUUUUUUAGUUCCCCUGGGCUGACCCGGCACAUCAAUAAGUGUCAUCCGUCGGAAAGUCGGCAGGUACUGCUGCUGCAGAUGCCACUGCGGCCCGGCUGCUGAGGGCCGAGACUCGAGACCAAGAAGGCUACGAGGCUGGCCUUGGAGAAAACAGAUGGUGGGAGCUUCUGUGGGGCUUUCUUCAACUUGCAAGUUUACCCUCUCUUUCUUUACUGUUUUCUCUCUCAUAAAAGUCUCCCAAUAGUCAAUAUUCCGCCAGAGGAGCGGACAGCAAAAUGUAAAAUCUCCCUCUAGAGCAGGUAUGUAUAUGUUACAUUCUCCAUUCAAAGGCGGCCAGCUUUAAAUCCUUUUCACUUUCACCACUAAAUAGGAUUUUACCCCCAAACUCUGGAAAGCCUAACGAAUCCUAUAUGACUUGUAAUUCCUAUGGAAAGUCGCAAUGAAUGCGUGCAUGUGUCAAUGUCUACAAAGGAUUCUAGCUACCAAAAGUGGUAGUCACCAAUGUUUUUUGCCAUCGCAGGGGCCUAUGUAGUUUCUGUCUCAAUAGGGUCAGAUUAUCUUGCUUGUAUAUUCUGUGAAUUAAAAGUUAUGUGAUUGGUGCCAAACUUACAGGAAAAAAGAUUCAACACCUGUGUUGUCAGUAGAAAAUAUGUUUGCUGCUUUCGGGGGGUAUGGGACCUCCCCUGUAACCACUCUCCCCCAAUUAUGUGUAUCAGUUCAUUCUUAAAUUAGCUUGGAGGUGAAGAGGAUGCUGCUUUACUGGCAGAGUUAAAAACUGAGACACCCCCAAAAUUCUUAUCUUUGCUACCUUAUAUGCAGUACUGCAGUAUUCAGAAAGAGCUACUUUAAACCUUUCUUUAAACAGCUUUUUUGGGAUACAGAUUUCCUCAAGUUUGACUGUUUUAAUUUCACCCAAACUGUUUGUUUCUGUUGUAAGUCUCAUACUGUGUAUUACAUAUGCAACUAUGUCCAGUUUUAAAGAUGUUAAUACCUAUAAUCCACUACGAAAUGGAUAAUCCAUUCAAGUUUUUUUUCAGCAAGUUGUUUUUGAAUUGCUUUUUGUAAAUCAUAGUGUACAUGCUGUGCCCACACCCUAAUAGCCAGUGUUUGGGACACUGGGUGAGCACUGCUUGACAGAUAGCCCGUAUUUGUAAAAUGCUUACCACCAAAUAAAUGUACAUAGCAUGUGCUUUGUUGUGUUGUGUUUGUCUUAACAGUCUCAUUGGACACAGCCUACUUUCAAAGCCACAUUUCUUACCUCCCAAAUACCAGCACUUUAUUUUAGAAUCUUACUGACCCAUUGACAGAGUAAAAACACAAUACUUUGCAAAUGAAUGUAAUGGUACAGAAAUGCAUUGGGAAAUUUUUCUAAGUAUGGUUGGUUGCAUAGACCGAGCUCCAAACAGCAAAGGAUAUGUGCUGUUCUUUAAAGACACCUGUUCUCUAAUAUCAACAGAAAAUAAUUUUAAAUAUUUCUUAAAAAAAAAAAUCUAAGCUAGUGAAUUAUGUGAAAAUGAAAACUAUCAUGUUAACUAUGCUUAUUUCAAGUUGGUGUUUUCACUUCAUUUUGUUAAAUAUGACCAAGCCAUUAAAAAAAAAAAAAUCAUUUUAGAAAGGUGUCAGUGAUUACUUUUUCUUUUUGUAAUUCUUCACCUUGACUGUGGGAAACUGUCUAUAUUGUUAAAUCUUGCUUUCAGGAACUCUAUCGUGUACAUAAGCUUCAAUAGUUUCAUAAGAAUUUUAUUUUAUAAGAAAACAAAACAAAAGCAAGUACACAGGAACUCUGAAAGGCUGUUUAGAAAAAUUCGUCUGUAGAAAGUUUUAUUCUUGAAAGCACAUUAUAAAACGUGAAAUUUAAGAAAUCAAAGAAACGCAAGGCUGAGGUAAGUUGGUGAUUUCACCCAGCGCAUUGAGUGAAGUCUGACUAACCUUCAUAAAGGUGUAUAAUUUCCUGUGUUUUUAACAACUGUGGUAGGAACUCUGAGAAAGAAGUUGGGGUGUAUCAUAAGGAGGGGAUUCAAUUUCAUUUUUUUACGGCUGACUAAAACUAGUUUCAUGCUUGAUAUCUCUCCAUUAACCAUAUAGCCCUGCUUAUUAAGUCUGAAAAUAUAUGAAACAAAAGAAUCAACACUCACGGACAGGAAGUGAUAAGAAUAUUUUUAUUGUAUUAUUAAAUAUCAUGUCAUCUUUUUUUUCACUGUUACAAAUUUGUAGAUACUACAUGAAUGAUGAUACAUAAUUUAUAUUUUAUGGUUUGCCAGUAUGAUGUAUUUACACAUGCAGUUAGUACCGAUGUCAUGCUACAUUUCCUUAGGAGAUGCCCAUUCAAAACAAAGUGUGAGCAAAGUGUGAGCAGCUUAUCUAAUGUAGGAAAAUACUUCUGGAGGGUGGAAUGUAUACUGACCUGCAACCUGCAAGUUCAGUAUUAACAAUAUUAAAUUUCACUUAGAUUCCUGGGUAAUGUUCCCUUUUCUUUUUUAAUAAUAUACAUAAUUCAAGCAACACAGUUAUAUCAGAAAAGUCUUUUCUCCCUCCCCUCCCCCUUUUGGUACUUAAGCAAGUACAGAGAUACACCAGGAUCCAGUAGCCGAUAAUAAAGGGCCACAAUCUCCAUAAAGAAAUGGCAUUUAACAGUGAUACCAUUUAAAAACCAAAACAUUAGAAAAAUCAUUUGGAAGCUAAACAUAAAUCAAAGUUCAGCACAGUGAUUUUUCUUAUUAUCGAAUAUAUCAUGGCAUCACCGACACAGCCAAGAAAUGAAACGUUGCUUUGGGAUGAAAAAGUUAAUGCUAAAAUUAGUUGGAAUCUGAGAUGCUAAAAGACCAUUUAAGUGUUUUAUUUUCUUAACGUAAAUAAUGUAUACAUCCUAUGUAUUAACCAAUUUGCAACUUUUGCUACAACUUUACAAAUGCUCAAAUUUAAAAUUUUACAUUUGUAAAAAACUAUAUUGAGCUGUAAAGCUGCAAUGGGGCACAAUAAAUAAAAUAAUGAGACUAUCUGUCCAAUUAUGUUUUGGCUCGAAGUUAAUCAUGAAAUUAAAAGCAAAACCAUUUAGACAUAAUUAUCUAGGAAGGUAAAGGGUAUAGAAUAAAAUUCCACCCCCCAAAAAUAUGGCAGCUUGGCAUGUGGGGGAAAAAAACCCAACUGAAUAAACAAUCCAAAUCUAAAAUAUUAAGUUAUAAAUUAUUUAAAUCCAGUGUUUUCUAAAAUAAAUGUACAGGAAGGAACAUGCAUGUUAUGGCAGACAUGAAGGCCUAACGGGGUUAACACUGUGUUCGAGCUAAGGUGGCUACUGCUGAUCACCGCAGGGCUGCUUGUCUCCUUAGGAUUUAUUGGCUGAGCCAGAGGAACGACGCAGCUUCAUGGACAUGCGGCUCUUGCUAGUUCGAGGGGACAUUGGAGAGGCUAGGUCAGCCCCAUCUACCUGCGUUGCUGCUGGAGUUUCACUGGGUAGAAUCUCUGAGUAGGUGCCUGUGGGAAAUAGCAAGAGCAUUAGUACCAAACAUCCAGCCUCUCAUCCUGUAAGAAAUAACUUUUCUACUACUGAUUUAUAGCAUGGGUCCCAACCCUCAAUGAGGUCUUUUGAAAACUUGCUUGUUCCAACAGCCUACUAAUAUAUUUAAAACACAGUGAUCUAAUGGGUCAUGUAAUCAUAUUUGCGAGAAAGCGGCAAUCACCUCAAAAGCCAGAACCAACCAGAGAGCUCCACGGAAACAGCAAUGGGAAACAAAAUCUUUGGGCCAGAAAGGACAGGGUUCCAAAGCAUGCAGGGAAGGGUUCAAGAAGCAGGUGAGAAAGACCAGUUCCUAUUUCUAGGGUUCAGGGUAGAACCAUGAAUAGGGACAUCACUGCUUAAGCUUGAAAAUAAUAACACCCUCAAAAAAGGAACUCGGCACUUUAAGAACACUAUACAUGCUAGGUAUUUAUGCUUUUAAGAAAGAGCAAGAUAAAUUCCUGGGGUUGAGGGGAAGAGGGCAAGAAUUCUCAUCUGAAAGUCAGUCAAAAAAGAUGAACUGAACCCAGAAAAUGUCUUAACUAACUUAAAUUCUCCCAGCUAUACUAUUCAAAAGGUGGAUUAUUCAAGAAGAUAACCAGUAAAAUUAGUAGAUAUAAAAUCUAAAAAAUUCAAAAGAAGCAAAGUAAGUUCAAAUAGGAAAAUUCUUUGUGUCAUGUACAAAGUAGUUCUUCAGCUCUGUAUUUCUAUGAAUUGUGAUUCUCUAAUAUACAGCAAUAAUACAGAGUCUUGCAAAUUUUAGGUUCUCAGAUAUUUUCUGGAUGAACAGAGAUUACAUUAAAAUUAAAAAGCCCUUGAGAAAAAACAAAGAAUAUCUGCAAGCAUAACAAAAUAACAACAGUAUGAAAUUCUGUAUAUUUUAAGGCACUUAUAUUCAGAUUUUCUAGGUCUCAUGGAUAUGAAAAUUUUCAUUAUGUGUGUUCAAAAAACAAAAAAAUCCACCAAUGGUUGCAGGCUUAAACUUAUACAUCUCCUUACUCUGUAGGGAGAUUUUUGAUCUCACUGACACUUUAAGCUUGGAAAGAAUUAUGCUAGUACUUCCAUACAAUGAAACAUUAUGUUUAAAUUGAAGUGAUAAAUACUUAUCAGAAAAAACAAAAAUGGUCAUAAGGGGUACAUAUCCUAUUAAGAUGUCUUGAGUAAGAAUGCAUCUCUGUAGAACAUUUCAAAGUACUUUUCAGGCCAAAUGUUAUAUUUAAGAACAAAUAUACAUUGCCAAAAAUAAAUUAUCUUGUCAUUCAAAAUCUAGGUCAAUUGCCCUCUUUCUCAAAGCAGCUUCUUCAAAAUUUUUUCUUUUCUAAUUUAAUGAGGCUGGGCUUCAAAAAACAAUGAGAAGAAAAUGUAUUUCUGUUCACCUUUACUCUUCCUGAAGAUUUGAAUUGGCUCGGCCCUACACUGGAAAAUCUAAAGGAGAACAUGGCCCUCAUUAGGGAAGCACUGCAGGUGGAUGGCAGGAGGAAGGUGAAGGGCAGUAGCUCAUGCUUUUCUAGUAAUGCAGACUAUUCUCGGCCAUCAUGAGAGGGCCUUCCCAUGGCUGUUUACCUUGAGAUGGCCAAUGUUUUCUAGCGGAGGUUUUGGGAGGAAGAGAACUAUCACUGCAUUUCUUUCUUUGUUGUGAAUGAAGAAAUGGAGUAGCGAGCAGAGGUGAGAAAACAAAAGAGAAGAUAGAUAACGGAUCUGAGAGACACAGGGCAGAAUUUUACCAGUGUUAACCGAGAAGCAGAGAAGAGAGUAAUCAGGUUUUUAUUAUGAAAUAUAAUUGGGCAUGCAAUGCGUUAGGGUGAUAAUGUUUCACAAUGGGUAAUGCUUUGUAAAUUCAAAAUGUUAUACUUACCAACUAACAGUUUUACAGGAAAAAAGAAGAAAAGAAAAAAGUCUAUGAGAGAUUCUAUAAACAUCUACCUUUGAAAGUGUUCACUGUACUAGUCGCAUGUUAUCCUAACCACUCCGUUGUCAAGGCUCUAGGGCUGCACUGUCCAAUAUGGUACCUAUAGCCUCAUAUGGCUAUUUAAAUUAAAAUUAAAUAAAAAUCACGUUCCUCAGUGCACUAGCCACAAUGCAAGUGUUCAAUAGUGGUAUGUAGUUUGUGGAUAACAUACUGGACAAUGCAGAUACAGAACACUGCCAUCGUCAUAGAAAAUUUUAUCAGAGAACACUGCUUCUGCUUUAGAGUAUGCUAAAACCAAAGAAUAUUUUUCUCAGAAACAGCAAUUCCUCCAUGUCUCCCUUACUGCCUUCAAACUGAAAUCCUUGUUCAGUCAACUCAGAGUCAAAUCAAGCUCUUUAGUGUAAGUGAUGUACAGCUAUUCCUACCCUCCUCAUAUUUUAGCAAAUAAUAUUUAGACUCUAUAAAUAAUUUAUAGUGGAUAGAUCUCAACUUUUAGAUGUAAGGAAUACAGAAAAUACCUACACUUCAUCUCAUUUUCAAUUCUAUCUAUUGAUUUAUACCACUUGAAUUAUAAAGAAUGAUUUAUCUAAUUAUUUCUAUUAUCAGUAUAUCUUCAAGGAUAAAGUUUAAAAAGUACCUAUGGGCUCCUAUGUUUGCCUGUACUGUAUGUGUUACUAAGACUCUUCCAGUGCUCAUACAGACCGUGUCUAAAUCUUGAUAAUAUAAUAAAUUGAUUCAUAUAUGGCAUUGCUUCCAAUAAACUAUUAGUAUAAAUAACAUGAUAAAUAUCACUUUGAGGUCUAUACAGAUUAUAAAGGGAAGUGCAAUGGAUUGUUAUUAAUUGUGGUUUUGUUUGUACUGUUUGCUGACAGGUAUGACAAGUUUAACACCGCUAAAGUUAUUAAGUAUACUUUAACAAAGCUUUUAAAAAUACUGUGGCUUGGAAAGUAAUUCCAGUUAAUACUGAACUAAGAGGCAAUGUGAUGUGUUAGAAAGCACAGGCAUGGGUUAGACAGGCCUAGGUUAAAUGCCAACUCUGUCAUUUUACUAGCUGCUUGACCUUGGGCAAACUGACAGUUUUCUUGUUUAUAAAAUGGGAACAACACUAUUUUACGAAGUUGUUGUGGAGAUUAAUGAUUACAUAUGCAAAGAUCCUGGCAUAUAAUAUGUGUAUAAAAAGUAUAGCUAUAUAAUAAAGAAACAGAGAGGAGUAAAAUUUAAUAAACUUUGAUUCAGAACAGAUGAGAAUUAUAAAAGAAGAAAUUAGAAAUAUUUUUGAAGAAAAUGACCACCACAAGAUAUAAUCUUUCAAAUGUGGAGAACACAAUAUACUGCCAAAUUUAGUUUUGGGGAAAUCAAAGAAUUUAUUCUCUCUUAUGUUGAUAUUCUCACAAAAUAUAAACUUAUAUGAAGGUUACAAAUUAUCCAAAUAACAUUAUUGCUUUAAUAUUGUUAAAGGAGUUGGUAAGUGGUUAGGAAUAGCAUGGAUUCACCAGUGAAUAUCAUAAAGGAAGUAAUACUACAUAAUUAAAAAUAAAAUAGUAUAAAGAUUCAGGCAAACAAAUGGUUUAUUUUAAGAUAUUCGAGAACCACAAUCAUUGCAGACUUAGAACAAAUAAGGUUAACCUUGUCAUAUAUUUACCUCCUUCUUAAAAAUGAGAAAACUGGGUGUAGGAUAGAUUAAUUUAUCUGAGCUCCUGCAGAUAAUUAACAGCAGAACUAAAAUUUAAUCCAAAUCACUUUGAUUCAAAAGCCUAUAUACAUCAAUGGGUAGGAAAAGCAGAUGUCUUAAAAUAAAAAAAAAUUAACAACUUUAAACUUGUAAAUAUGACAGAUUAUUGGGCAACUAUUUCUCUCUCUCAAUGGCAAAAAGGGGUUAAAAAUAUUUAGACUAAAUGCAUAAUAAUAAUAGUUAAGAACAUGGACUCUGACGUCAGACAGAUCUAAGUUGGAAUACUGGCUUUACCAAGUACCAUGUGACUCUAAGUAAGCUUUAUUUUUCUCCUUACAGAACUGACAUGAAGAUUAAAUAUGAGAACGCAUGUAUUGUACUUAGCUAAGUACCUGGCACUCAGUAAUUGCUCAAUUAUUAUUUUAUUAUUUCAUUACAAAAAUUUCACAUCUGAAUAAAUGCUCUAUAUGGAAGUUGAACCUAGUAAUUAUUGUCAUAAAAGGUAAAUGAACUUGAUUUAAGAUUAAUAUUGUUUGCCUCUUGGUCAGCAAUAUAUAUGCUAAAUUUCCAAGUUCAAAGUACUGAAAACAAUACAACUGGCUGUUUACAAUUUCAGGCUAAUCUAUUGAUAAAACAAUAUGAGUAGGAAUCUAUUUUAAAAAACAUAUUAAAUUAAAAAAUUUAUAACUUAUAUGCUGAAGGAAACUAAUUUUCUUACUGGUACUUAUAAACAGUAUUUAGGACAUUUAUAAAAUAACUUUCUUCUGAGGGACUAAAGUAUUUUAUCUCAGAAUAUUUCAAAGACUGGGAAGGGGAGGCAAGUUUAAAAUAACUUUUGAGCAAGGACAAUGAGCUAAAACAGUUACUACUCUAGGUUUUCAUAAUCAUUGUGUCUAGAUUGUCUGAUUUUGAUGGCAUAAAAAUUAUACUUGAAUCUCACUGCUAUUAUAAUAUUCCUUUAAAUAGGAAUCUAUACAUUUUAAGUGGUAUGUAUGUAUACACACACACAAACACCAAUUAACCCUUUAAUUUUUUAAAGUAUUAAGAUUUCUAACUUGAUCUAUAGAAAAACAACCCAAAGGGAGGUAUCUACUAGUUCAAUUAGAAUAACGAAGUAUUAGAGGUAAUUCUAGGUAUACCAUGCAAUAGGUAUUCAAAAAGUAUUUAUAGCUGAUGAUUAGUAAAAAAAGGUAUAGUACUGGAAAAAAUACGGGUGUAUUUUUAACGUUGAAAUUGAGAAAGAUAAACCAAUCAAUAUUUACUGUGUACUUUCAGCAAAACAGAAUUCUGUUUCCUGUUGUCAGCAUUUUAGAAUUUCUUUUAUUAAAAAAGACUUUUGAUACUGAUAAGAGAAGUAUUAGGGGAAAUUAUGCACAUUUUUGAAUUGCCAGUAUAAUCUAGCCAAGAAGAGUAAUUUCAUUUUAAAGUUUAGAGCCAGAGAAGUGUUCUUAAAUAUGAAGUUAAUAAAGAAAGUUCACUGUAAAACUUUUGAUAUUUUCCACACACAUGCCUGACAAAGAUAAAGGGAUUUUUUUCCUGUAAUUUUUUUUUUUUUUUAAAUAAA